AGGUGAUUCUUAAAUGGGUAAUUCUAACCCGCCCUGUUAUUUUGAGCUUAAGCUUUACAUCCUGAGAGGUCAGCCUUGAGGAGCUGUGGGCAACUCCAACUCAGCAUGGCAAAUUCAUCUUUUUAUUGUUCCCGACCAGCUUCUGCAGAUUUCCCUGUAGCUGUUAGUAACAAUACCAUUUUCCCAGCCUCCAUAUUUUGGGGCCCCUCCUUUGCCACAUCUCUGCCUCGUUCUCAUUCUCCACGUUACCUUAGCUGCAUCUUCUCAGGUUUACCCUGUAAAAUAUCUUCGCUUCCGGAGUUCUUUUGUAUAUACAUAUGUAAAGAGAGAGAUCUGGAAAGAAGUUCACCAGAGUGUUUAAAGUCUGAUCUCUGGGUGGUGGGAUUUUAUACUGUUUGAAUUUUGUUUUCUUAGCAGGUACUUAGUUAUUUAUGUGCUUGCACCCAGCCUUUUACCUCUCAGCCCUCCUGUGUCCGGAUCAUGACCCAGUGGAACUCCUCCUCGUCGUUUCCUCGGUGCACUCAUACUUUCUUGCCUUUGUUCCUUUACUCAGAGCUUGUUUCAUCGGUUCUUUGCAUCUCCCUUUGUCGCUCUUCAGGGCUCCUCUCAGAUAAACUUUUCUUUAAUGCAUUCAUUUUCCCAACUGAAUGUGCCUUCCUUCACAAGCUCUCCGGUCUCUGUGUCACUUCCUUUGUCCUGCCCUCUGGUCUUCUGAGGUGGCUUUUUAUGUUAACUCCUUUAUUAGAUUGUAAGCUCCAAGAGAGCAGAGCUUGGGUCUUACUCUUCCUUUCCCCCUUUUGGUUAUAAUUUCCCUAUUUUUCUUUGGGCACAACCCCUUUUCCCACUGGCCAUGGUUCUGGUGGGAUGGUCAGUCCAAGUGUCCUGCCAAGAGGAUGGGAUGCUCUUCCCCUGGAAUUUGGAUUUUGAGUCAUGGGAUACAAGGACUGACAGUGAUUGGCGUGGAUUCAUCCUGGCCAAGGUGCUCUGAAGAAGCCAUUUCUUAGUUCCUGCUUCCCAGAUCCCUGCAGCUGCUCUGGUUCCUGAACGCUCCGAGGCCUGGUUCUUCAGAUUGUCCUUCGUAUCUGUGAGCUAUCUCGUAUCCUUACACUAAAUGUCUCUCUCUUUAAAUUUUAAGUUAGCUAGACAGUUUCUGUUGCUUUUUUCCCCUGCCAAUAGAGCUGUUAUGAUUGGAACUGACCAGACUUAAUUGUUCUAGUUCUUAUAUUGAUUCUGAUAUGUUUUUUUCUUCUCUUUAAAAAUGAAAACAAAAAAACAGCCAGAGACUGCUGCUGCCUUGAAACGUACGGUAGAAGCCCUGAUGGACAGAGGGGCGAUAGUGAGGAACUUGGAGAAUCUGGGUGACCGAACACUGCCUUAUAAGAUUUCCGCCCACAGUCAGCGGCACAGUAGAGGAGGGUAUUUCUUGGUGGAUUUUUAUGCACCAGCCACAGCUGUUGAGAGCAUAAUGGAACAUUUGUCUCGAGACAUUGAUGUGAUUAGACCGAAUGUUGUAAAACACCCUCUGACCCAGGAAGUAAAAGAGUGUGAGGGGAUUGUCCCUGUCCCACUUGAAGAAAAACUAUAUUCCACGAAGAAGAGGAAGUGAGAAGAUUUACCCAAUUGUAGCUUUGUAUUUAAUUCUCUUUCUUUUGAGUACCAUGGAUUAAAAAUUUACAAACUUGACCCUUA